AUGCAUAUGAGUACAGAGGCUCGUGGAGCGCGGCUGGUCGUGAUUGCGGAGCAGCUCAGGCCGGUUGGUCCUAGUCCCUCGGCGUCCUCCCAGUGCCAGCCUACCUCGCCCCUCAGCGCCAUAACCACUACCACUACCUUCAAGGGUGUGGACCCCAACAGCAGGAACAGCUCCCAGGUUUUGAGGCCUCCAGGUGGUGGCUCCAACUUCUCACUAGGCUUCGAUGAGCCAUCAGAACAGCCUGUGAAGAAGAACAAGAUGGCCUCUAGAAUCUUUGGGACACCUGAAGAAAACCCUCCAUCUUGGGCCAAGUCAGCAGGUGCCAAGUCUUGUGGUGUCAGGGAAGAUUCGGAAUCACCUGGAGCACAGAGAAGUGCUCCUUCUAAAGCAAGCUCUGGAGACUUCUUAGACCUCAAGGGAGAAGGUGAUAGGCAUGAAAAUGUGGACACAGACUUCCAAGCCAGCCUGGGGCAGAUUGAAGAGAAGCCUGUGCCUGCUGCUCCUGUGCCCAGCCCAGUGGCCCCGGCCCCAGCGCCAUCCAGGAGAAACCCUCCUGGCGGCAAAUGCAGCCUAGUCUUGGGUUGGCUUCUUUUAUUGGAACUCUGUCCUUCUGUCUGUCUGUUUUUCCAUGCUUGUGAACUGCACACCGUGAGCCUGACUGUACAUCUUUUUUUUGGAUUUGUUUCAUUAAAAGAGAAGCACUUUAUGUAUUGCUGUCUGUUUUGUUUUUGUUUGGUUCUUGAUGCUGUUAUUUGGUUUGGUGUGGUGGGACGAUGGCAGUCACAGGUGCUGCCCUGCAGCCCCUAUACGAUACGCAUCGUCUGUGAUGUGGCCUUCGUGUCGCCCCCACCAUCAGUGUCCUUUGCUAAGCGCGCCUUCCUCUGCCAUGUGGGAUGA